AGCGCUGCUGCUGCUGUGGCUGCUGCUGCGGCUGCUGCUGCUGCUGCUGCUGGCGCUGACCACCCCCGGAGCUGCUCCGCUGGGACGAGCCACUCCGACCCCCGCCUCCACUGCCACCCCCGCCUCCACCGCCACCCCCGUCUCCACCUCCACCUCCCCCACCAGGACCGUCGCUCCCACCGCUCCCACCGCCUCCUCCGCUACCACCUCCGCCGCCACCUCCGCCUCCACCGCCGCCACCAGUACCUCCACUCCCGCCACCACCCCCACCGCCACCCCCACUCCCCCCGCCACCCCCACCGCCUCCUCCACCGCCCCCUCUAGCUCCACCCGCUCCCUUGCCCCCCUUGCCCUUGCCAGCGCGGCGUCUGCCGCUGGGGGCAGACGCCGCGCCGACCGACUCAAAACCAGUGAGGUCGGCCGCAGCGGCAGAGGCGACAGAGGGCAGCAGGGGGGAAGGACCACACCCCUCAAAGAUGGGGCAGCUGAAAAUCUCACCGGGCUGGGAGAGGCGGGUAGGUCAGCAGCAGAGGAACAGCAGAACGGCUCCGCAGGCGGCUCGGGCGGCGCAGGCGGCUCGGGCGGCACGGGCGGCUCGGCGGCGGCUCGGGCGGCGGCUCGGUGGCGGCUCGGCGGCGACUCGGCGGCGGCUCGGCGGCGGCUCAGGCGGCGGCGGCUCGGCGGCGGCUCGGCUGCUGCUGGGCGGCGCGGGCGGCUCGGGCGUCACGGGCGGCUCGGCGGCGGCUCGGGCGGCACGGGCGACUCGGCGGCGGCUCGGGCGGCGGCUCGGCGGCGGCUCGGCGGCAGCUUGGCGGCGGCUCGGCGGCGGCUCGGCGGCGGCUCGGCGGUGGCUCAAGCGGCGGCGGUUGCUGCUGGGCGGAUCGGCGGGGCCGCGUAG